UCAGUGGCAGCAGAGGGAGUCUAUGCGCGCUGGCUGCCGGCUGGAGGUGUGUGAGCCUCGCACGGGCCGUAGACCCUCGGGCACAAUCGCGGGGGAGCUAGGACUCAGCGACCCGGCUGCCCGGCUACCCGGCCGAGGCUUCAGCGGCGCAAACCGAUGGGACUGGCUCAUUUGGCAGCGUCGCUCCUCUCUUCUAAGUACACUGAGUGGGGCCCGUGCUGAAGUAGAAGCUGUCGAAGGGGUUGGCUGGGGGUGGGGUGGGCGCAGCCCGGAGUCUCAUUGUGGCCUGGAGGAACAGAACCCGCGCCUGGGCGACCCAGAGGGGAGCCCCCGGACUCAGUACGAGUUGUGGGGAGACUCCCACUUCUUUCCAGGGGUGCCGAUCCUGGGACAGUCAAGGCGUCAGGGCAGCCACCGAGUCCUCAGUGGGGAGCCCCCGACGAGGAGAGGGCGCGCAGUCCCGAACGAUAUCGGGGAGCCGAGCGGAAUCGGGCGGGAUCACCGGGGGGCGCAGAGCCCCCGUCGCGCCUCGUGCGGCAGAGAGGCCAGAGGAGCGAGCCCUCGGAGGCCGCAGCCCAUGCCCGGGUUGGGGGCGGCUGCCUAGUGAGUCCGCCUGGCCGGCCGGGCGGAGAAGAGCGACACAGAAGCCGGCGGGAGGGGAGUACUUCAAGGCCGGUGGCGGAAGAUGGGCGCCUGAGUGGCGAGGAGAGCGACUCGGCAAGAGAAGGCGAGGAGAGAUUUGGUGAGGAGGCGCCAGGGGAUCCUGAAGUGCAGCCUGCUCCCGGGAAGAUGGCCCGGCCUGGGCAACGUUGGCUCAGCAAGUGGCUUGUGGCGAUGGUCGUGUUGGCGCUGUGCCGGCUCGCCACGCCACUGGCCAAGAACCUGGAGCCCGUGUCCUGGAGCUCCCUCAACCCCAAAUUCCUGAGUGGGAAGGGCCUGGUGAUCUACCCAAAGAUCGGAGACAAGCUGGACAUCAUCUGUCCCCGAGCAGAAGCUGGGCGGCCCUACGAAUACUACAAGCUGUACCUGGUCCGGCCUGAGCAGGCAGCCGCCUGCAGCACCGUGCUUGACCCAUAUGUGCUGGUCACUUGCAACCGGCCAGAGCAGGAAAUCCGUUUCACCAUCAAGUUCCAGGAGUUCAGCCCCAACUACAUGGGCCUGGAGUUCAAAAAGCACCAUGAUUACUACAUCACCUCCACAUCCAAUGGGAGCCUCGAGGGACUGGAGAACCGGGAGGGAGGUGUGUGCCGCACACGCACCAUGAAGAUCGUCAUGAAGGUUGGGCAAGACCCCAAUGCUGUGACACCUGAGCAACUGACCACCAGCCGGCCCAGCAAGGAGACAGACAACACUAUCAAGAUAGCCACACUGUCCCCUGGCGAUGUGGACUCUGACGGCAAACAUGAGACUGUGAACCAAGAAGAUAAGAGCGGCCCAAGUGGAGGCGGCAGCAACAGCGACCCAGACAGCUUCUUCAACUCCAAGGUGGCAUUAUUUGCAGCUGUGGGUGCAGGCUGCGUCAUCUUCCUGCUCAUCAUCAUCUUCCUGACGAUUCUGCUACUAAAGCUACGCAAGCGGCACCGCAAGCACACGCAGCAGCGGGCACCUGCCCUCUCGCUCAGUACCCUGGCCAGUCCCAAGGGGGGCAGUGGCACUGCGGGCACUGAGCCCAGCGACAUCAUCAUCCCCUUACGGACUACAGAAAACAACUACUGCCCCCACUAUGAGAAGGUGAGUGGGGACUACGGGCAUCCCGUCUACAUCGUCCAGGAGAUGCCACCCCAGAGCCCAGCGAACAUCUACUACAAAGUCUGAGAGCCUGGCAGCCUCAGGCCCAAGGGACAGUCAGUCUGGACUGCACUUCUCUCUCCCCUCGCCAGCUGUGCCCACCUUUGUAUUUAGUUUUGUAGUUUCUUGGCUUUUAUAAGUCCCUUUUUACCCUGCCCUCUGGGCUUCAGAUGGGGUGCUUGUGCCCCCACCCCCAUGCUCUUGUGCCUUCCCCCUCUGGCCAGGCUUCUGGGCUCUGUGGGGGCGCCCCUUUUAUUGGGCAGGGUUGGACGCAGGUGGGGAGAUAACCCCCCACCCUGGCCCUGUCCAUUCUCACCCCCUUUCCCCCCUCCCAGGACUACAUGUCCACUAUCAUCACUGUUUUUAAUGUUUUUUGUGUUCAUUUUUUAGCUGUCAACUCAUUUUCAUCUAUUUUUUGAAGAAAAUUGGAAAAAUGCAAAAGACAACCCCUCCCCAGGCCUUUUGAGCCGGGCCAAGCCCACUCUAAGGGGCCUGGGGCAGGAUGUGGCCAGCCAGGAAGCAUAGGAUGGCGUUUCUUUGAUAAAUUCCUCCAUGUCUGGGGGUAGGAAGGGGACAGGCCUGGGUUGUUCUUGCCCAUGAGGAAAGAUGAGAGUGCCACCCUCCCCUCCUGACCCUCGUUCUGCAAAGCUGAGCUUGGCAAUGGGGUAGUGGCUGCCACCCUUCCACCAAAAAAAAAAAAAAAUUCCUUCCUUGUGGGAUUCUUGGGCAUCUCCCGCCUCCCUCACUCUCACGGUAAUUAAUGUCUUAAUUGGCUGUUGCCUGGGGAACAGGAGAGCUGCUGCAGGCAGAUGACCUCAUGGGGGGUGGAGAGAGGUGAGGUGCCCAGGUGGCUAUUUGCCCUGCAGAGCUGGGAGUUCCCCUUUCCAUUCCCCCCUCCCCCAUCGCCCUGUUCUCUUCUCACCUUGGGCAUCUUUCAGCCUGGUGGGGAAACAGGCCCAGGGCAGAGACCUAAGCGGGUAUAAGGCCUGGUGGCCUGCUCCUUUCCUAGGCUCUAGGUCAGGUGGGUGAUUCCCCAACCCAGCUCCUGCUCACCCCCAAUUUUGGACUGGGGCCUGGAAAGAGGAAGAAUCUACCCCCGGCUGGGCCAGCACGCCGUGCACUUUGACCCCGGCUCCUUGCCAGCACGGCUGCUAACAGACUGGCACAUGAGUGCGCCUUGCAGGGGCUCCCAGCAUGGCCAAGAAAGGGGCUGGGCCUUCCACCAUCCACCUCCACACUGCCUCCUGGCCAGCCGCCCACCCCAGUGCCUGGUGGGAGAGGGAGCCAAACAGCUAGCCCCUUCCAGGUGGCAGUCGGAAAGGUUUUUUGUUUUUGUUUCAGUUUCCCAUUUGUGUAAAUACUAGUCUUUUUGGAAAAAAAAAAUAAUGUAAAGAUGUUUUGUAUAAACUCUGAAUUAUUUUCUUGUUGCUUUUUUCUUAGAAAAAAAUGAGAACUAAAAAAAAAAAAAAUUUAACCACAUGGAGAAAUGGGUGUAAAAUGGUGUCAUGAUGUUGGGGGAUGAAGUGUGAGUGUUUGAGUGAGUAUGAGAGAGCAGAAGAGAGAGAAAGAAAGGAGAUAGAAUGUGUGUGUGUGUGAUUUCCUAUGGCCAAAUCACAGGUGUCCUGUGCAGGUCUGGGAGGGGAGAAGGUGGCAGUCCUAGUGGAGUAUGAUGUCUCAGCUGCUCUGUGGCCCUCCUGCCCCCCCCCUCAGUUUCCCUGCCCUCUUGUUAUGUUGGUGUUGCAACCAUUACCCCCCUCCAUCCUGUUACCUCUGCGGCAAAGGCCAUGGGUAUCUUCCCAGUCUGGCAUUAGGUUCAGCUAGAGAGGGUCGAUGGGGAAGGGGGUGUUCCUGUGGCCACCUGGGUGUGUCCACAAGUACUGCCACCGCCUGACUGGAGCUAGAUAUAGGACCUGCUGGCAGGCCCAGCCCAGUCCUGCCCUGCCUCAGGAUGCCUGAGGGCAGAGAGAAAUCUUCCCAGGGCCUGGGCCUCAGAUGCAGCCCACCAAGUAAUGAGGCAGCUUCAGGCUGGCUGCUUACUGCUUGGCCUGAAGAUUCUUCCUUCUGGCUUCAGAGCCAGGCCAUGCCAUGGCCUCACCACAGUGUACUUGGGGGCUCCUGGCUGACAGUUGAAUUCCUCAACCUAAAGCAGUGCUGAGCACCACCCACAGGCUGAGGCUUAACUUGCUUGGAUCAGUGAGGGUAAUGAGGGUCCCAAAGAUCUUUUGGCCUCAACCCCCAGCAGAGACACGUACUGGCAGGGCCUGGGACCUUUCUGUGCCAGCCUGGAGUCACCUGUGGGCCUUGUGGGGGGACUCCCUGUGGAGGUGGCUAAGAUCGAAAUCAAGAGAGGAGGAUGAGUAAGAUCCCAGCAACUCAAAAUGGGUAAGAAGGCACUAGAGGAAAGGAGGAGGAGGAGGAAGGAAGGGGAGGACUAACUAGUGAUCCACAGCAGGAAGCCCCAGUGAACCAGCCAAGGAGCAGGCAAGACUGAGGGAAAUGGGACA